CCGAGAACUCCUACGGCGCCUACGCCAUCCUGCUGCUGGCCCUGGUGGUGUUCGCCGUGGGCAUCGUGGGCAACCUGGCGGUCAUGUGCGUGGUGGGGCACAGCUACUACCUGAAGAGCGCCUGGAACGCCAUCCUGGCCAGCCUGGCGCUCUGGGACUUCCUGGUCCUCUUCUUCUGCCUGCCCGUGGUCAUCUUCAACGAGCUCUCCAAGCAGCGGCUGCUGGGGGACGCGUCCUGCCGGGCCGUGCCCUUCUUGGAGGUCUCCUCUCUGGGGGUCACCACCUUCAGCCUCUGCGCGCUGGGCAUCGACCGCUUCCACGUGGCCACCAGCACGCUGCCCAAGGUGCGGCCCGUCGAGCGGUGCCAGUCCAUCCUGGCCAAGCUGGCGGUCAUCUGGGUGGGCUCCAUGACGCUGGCCGUGCCCGAGCUCCUGGCCUUCCUGUCCCAGCUGGUGGCGGACUGUGAUGCUUGUAGAUCCUUAGAAACCGCCCCAAACUCUCAGUCCCGCCAGCGGGGAGCCCGAAGCUCAGCUGGUCCCAGCCCCUCCCCCUGCCAGGUGUGCCCACCCUGA